CCAACGGCAAAUCCCCAGCCUGAAGUCACUCUCUCCCAAGAAUCACAUAUUCACAUUCACUCACUCUCCCCUCUCUACCUCAUUCACCGCGGUUCCGCACGGUUAUUGCCGAACACAACGGCAGCCAACGACGGAGGUCGUCACUCGUCACUCCCUUCUCCGGAUCCUCUGCCUCGUCCCCGCGUUGCCAGUGCCUGCACCCCUCUUCCUUCUCUGUCUGUGUCGUCCCGUCUGCCUUGGCUCUGCCGUGCCUCGCCUGUCUCUGCCUCCGCUCGUGCCUCGUCUGCCUCUGCUUCCUCCGUCGUCAUUCUGCAGCGUAGUGUAGGACCAUAAAAAUUAAAACAGAAAUCUUGUGAACUGCAGUUAAUAAAUCGAAGUAAGUUCUUUUUUGGCCAAAAUCACUGGCCAUGGACGACAUAUUCGAUUCUUCGCUGAACUUGGAAGAGACCCACCACAAGGAAGGAUACAACCAAGGCUAUUCUGAAGGUCUUGCUGCUGGCAAGGAAGAGGCCAGGCAGGUGGGCCUCAAGGUAGGCUUCGAGGUCGGUGAGGAGUUGGGCUUCUACAAGGGCUGCAUUGAUCUCUGGGUCUCUGCUAUCCGGGCUGACCACGUGGUGUUCUCUUCUCGGGCCCAAGCAGGUAUCAGGCAGAUGGAGGAGCUGCUCCAGAGGUACCCCAUGAUGGACCCGGAGGACCAGCACGUGCAGGAGAUCAUGGAUGAGCUGAGGCGCAAGUUCAAGAUGGUGUGUUCUUCGCUGCACAUCAAGAAGAUUGAGUAUGAUGGGUACCCGAAAGCAGCUGCUUCCGACGCCAGCAGUCUUGAGUUUUAAAGGUGUUUCUUUCUACUGUUGUAGACUUGCAGCAUCUGAGAUUUAGUGAGGAUUUUCCUGCUGGGGCUGAAAAGUUAGUGUUUGGUUCUGGGAAUGAAAAUGCCCCAUGGAUAGGUUAUGAACUUAUGAUCAUCUUUAGUAACAUCAGAUCCUGCUAUGAUCUAAAUUGUAUAUAUAUAUUCUGAGGAAAAUUUUUAAUAUUAAAAUAUGUUUAGUAGUAUCUUAGAUUUGAUGAAAUUAUUUCUAAGUGUUACAUUUCUAAUUAUUAUAUUAUUAAUUUUGUAGUUGAG